AUCUGCAAGACUUCAAAUCAGACACACAGCAUGUGAUUGAGGUGGACGAAGGGAACACGGCGGUGAUAGCCUGCAACCUGCCCGAGAGUCACCCCAAAGCUCAAGUGCGGUACAGCGUCAAGCAAGAAUGGCUGGAGAGUUCCAGAGAUAAUUACCUUAUCAUGCCCUCGGGGAAUCUACAGAUCGUCAACGCCACCCAGGAGGAUGAAGGAACGUACCAGUGUGCAGCGUACAACCCGGUAACACAGGAAGUGAAGACGUCCGUCUCUAGUGACCGUCUGCGAGUACGACGCUCCACAGCGGAGGUGGCUCGGAUCAUCUACCCUCCCAUGGCGCAGACCAUCAUCGUCACCAAGGGCCAGAGCCUGUUUUUGGAGUGUGUGGCUAGUGGCAUGCCGCCGCCAAGGAUCACUUGGGCCAAGGACGGGUCCGAUGUCAUUGAACAGAACAAAACACGCUUUCUUCUCAGCAAUCUUCUGAUAGAGGCCACAAAUGAGGAGGACUCUGGGACAUACACCUGCACAGCCAAUAAUGGAAUUGGAGAUGGAGGUUCAGCAUUUAUCUUCUAUAAUGUACAGUUUUUGAGCCGCCUGAGGUCAGCAUGGAGGUGUCCCAGCAGAUGGUCUCCUGGGGUCAGACUGCAAAGUUUACCUGUGAGGUGAAGGCAAUCCACCUCCAUCUGUGGUUUGGUUGAGGAACGCGGUGCCUGUUCUUCCUACUCUGAGACACAGGAUCUCCAGAAAGGUUCUUCGAGUGAGCAGUGUGGGGCCUGAGGAUGAUGGAAUUUACCAAUGUAUGGCAGAGAAUGAAGUAGGAAGUGCACAAGCAUUGACUUUGUUGAUGACCACCAGAGUAGGAACAUUUAUAAGCCCUGGAUCAGUUGCAGGCACCUGGACUCCAACAGAGGCACCUAUUCCUGACGACAAACAGUUGCUCCUAACGGCUCAGUUGAAGCAAAGACCUCCAACUCCAGGAUCGCCAACUCCUUGCCCAUCUGAUAAGACCAUCCUCCAGCCUGAGGCUCCCAUAAUCCUCAGCUCACCCCGCACAUCUAAGACUGAUUUCUAUGAAUUAGUAUGGAAACCUAGACACAAUAGCAAAGCCACAAUCCUAUACUACACUGUGAAACACCGCAAGCAGGUGGGGAAUGUGUCCGAGGAGUGGACUUUUUCUCGAGUUCCUGGAUCUCAGAACCGCCUAACGCUCACCAAGCUGGACCCAGGAAGCUUAUAUGAAGUGGAGAUGGCGGCUUACAACUGUGCUGGGGAAGGACAGACGGCAAUGAUGACUUUUCGGACAGGGCGACGUCCGAAACCUGACAUCAUAGCUAGCAAAGAGGUGCAGAUUCAGAAGGACGACCCAGGGACCAGCACUCAAAGCAUCAACCAGUCCGACAAUAACCGGCUGUCCCCUCCGGAGGCUCCGGACCGACCUACCAUCUCUGCAGCCUCUGAAACCUCUGUGUACGUGACCUGGAUUCCCAGAGGCAACGGUGGAUUCCCUAUCCAGUCUUUCCGGGUAGAAUACAAGAAACUGAAGCAGCAGGGUGACUGGAUCUUGGCGACCAGAGACAUCCCGCCAUCACGUCUGUCUGUAGAGAUCACCGAGCUGGAGAAAGGGAUGUCAUACAAGUUCCGGGUCAGGGCUCUUAACAUCCUGGGCGAGAGUCAGCCAAGUGCAGCUUCUAAACCGUACAUGGUCUCUGGAUACACAAACCGCAUCAAUGAUCGUCCAGUCACGGGACCUUACAUCACCUUCACUGAGGCCAUCAACGAGACCACCAUAAUGCUGAAAUGGAUGUACGUUCCAGCGAGUAACAACAACACUCCCAUUCAUGGCUUCUACAUCUACUACCGACCGACAGACAGCGACAACGACAGCGAUUAUAAGAAGGACGUGGUGGAAGGUGACCGGUAUUGGCACUCCAUCAGUCACCUGCAGCCAGAGACCUCAUACGACAUCAAGAUGCGGUGCUAUAAUGAAGGAGGGGAGAGCGAAUUCAGCAACGUCAUGAUCUGCGAGACCAAAGCUCGAAAGUCAUCCUCCCAGCCAGGCCGGCCUCCGCAGUCCGUGGUACUGACACCCCCUCCUCCCUCAGGCAGGGGUGGGGCAUUGGGUACAGCCACCGUUGCCCGAUCCAGCGACUUGCCUUAUCUGAUAGUUGGAGUGGUCCUAGGAUCCAUCGUCCUCCUCAUUGUGGCAUUCACCCCCAUUUGCCUGUGGAGGGCGCUGUCCAAGCAGAAGCAAACCACAGACAUCACAUUUCCCAGUUCCGGCAUCCUGAACUCUUCCUGCCAGUACACCAUGGUUCCACUAAGGGGGGCCCCUGCUGUCAGCACCAUUCCCUAUUCCAAUGGUUCCUUUGUAAACGGAACGUGUCCAUCCACCAAACUGAUCUAUUCUGGAGGGAAGCAGAGAGAUUAUUGCUCCAAGGCCCUACACCAGGAUGAGGCCAGCACGCUACUCUCAGGAGGUGAAGUCGGACCCCCAGACCCAGCGGACCAUCAGCAGCCCCCCGAGCUGUGCCGGACUCAAUCUUGCGAGAUGACCGUAUUGUAUGAGGACGAGACAACCCACCCCUACAUCGAGGUUCCCCACCCUGAGGACCUCACCCCCGUCCUAGAUGGGAGCCGGUUCCCCAUUCUCGCUGUGCCCACUGAAAAGCCGCUAUGUGCAGGUUCUUCAUGUCAUCUCCCUCCGGUGGAGUCCAUAGACACCAGUGAUGGUCCCAAUCCUUCUGAGGGCCCCCAACUUCAUCAGAACUCCUUGCAGAGCGGAAGUCCGGACACGAGUCCUGGUCACUACACCAGGCCGGCAACCUAA